AUGAAUUUUUUAAAAGUUGGAGGCGGAAGCCUUAUUGCUACUGGCUCUUUUCUACUGGGUACUCAAUAUGGAAAAGAGUUCAAGCCGUUCCGAAAUGUUGAAGCUGAUGCCACUGCUUUAACGAAUCUUCCUUAUAUGAACACUGUCCCUCUGAACGACUCCAAAGACGUUAGCGUUUCAAGAGCUUCUCAAAUCAUGAAAUAUGGAUAUCCAGGUUUUGACAACUUGCGUUCUUUCGAAGACUUCGUAUUGUCCUAUGACAGAAAAACAAAAACUGCGCAUUGGGUUUGUGAACACCUCACUCCUGAAAGUCUUACGUAUGAUCCUCAAGUAAAUAGAUCAUUAUGUCAGUUUAGGCCUGAUGAAAGUUUACAUAAAUAUUUUCAAUCUCAAAACGAGGAUUAUAAGGGAAGUGGAUAUGAUCGUGGUCAUUUAGCUGCUGCUGGUAAUCAUAGAAAAUCGCAAUCUGCAAUCGACCAAACGUUUUUCCUAACUAACAUGUCUCCUCAGGUCGGAAAAGGAUUCAACAGAGAUAAAUGGAAUGAACUUGAGAAACAUGCUAGAAAGACUGCUAAAAAAAGUUUGAAUACUUAUAUACUCACGGGACCUCUUUAUCUCCCUCGUAAGGAGAACGAUGGAAAUUUAUACGUGAAAUACAAGCUGAUCGGGAAAAACCACGUCGCUGUUCCAACACACUUUUUCAAAGUCUUACUGUCUGAAACUUCGAUUGGCCAAUUUGAAAUGGAAUGUUUUGUUUUGCCCAAUGAAGUGAUCCCAGAUGAGGUUCCUCUAACAUCAUUUUUUGUUCCUCUGGAGUUGAUUGAGAGAAAUGGAGGAUUUUUAGUUUUCGAUCGGAUUCCCAAGAAAGCCAUAAAAAAAUUGAACGGGAAAAGGGCAUAA